UAUAUACAAAUUUCUAUAAAAAUUUCUUUUAUUAAUUAUUAAAAAAAAGUAAUAAGUGGAAAAAGUAAAAAAAUAAACUUAUGUUUUUUUAUAAAAUAUAAAUUUAAAUAAAAAUGUAUACUUCUGUUCGUCGUAUUAUACCAUUAAAUACCAGCAGCAAUAACAUCAAUUAUAAUGGUGUUUCAUCGCUUUCCUCCACACCGCUGACAGCACCAGCUUCUUUAAUGGCUUCGGCAUUUGAUUAUCCGCCCAUACCUAAAGUUCACAAAGUCUCAUCGAAAUUACCGGCCAAUUAUGAAAGAACAGAUAAAAUAAAACUUAAAAAAGUUUUAGGACUCACAGUAUGCAGCAAUGCAGCAUUGGAUUGUUCACCCAUUAGUGGCCUGUUGGCCUAUCCAGCUGGGUGUACAAUUGUUUUAUUCAAUGCCAAAAGACAGACACAGGCCUAUUUGGUCAAUACCUCCCGCAAAGCAUUCACAUCGGUGGCAUUUUCACGCUGCGGACGUUAUGUAGCCACCGGCGAAUGCGGCAUAAAUCCAGCCAUUAAAGUAUGGGAACUAGAAGCGCCCAAUGGCAAUUUGGAACAAUGUACAGGCGGUAAUGUUAUAGCAGAAUUUGUCGAUCACAAAUAUGCCGUAACAUGUGUGGCCUUUUCACCCACUGGUAAAUAUUUAGUGUCGGUGGGCUCUCAGCAUGACAUGAUCGUUAAUGUAUUCGAUUGGAAAUCGAAUUUAAAAAUGGCCUCGAAUAAAAUUAGUUCUAAAGUAUCGGCGGUUAGUUUUGCCGAAGAUGGUAGUUAUUUUGUGACGGUGGGCAAUCGUCAUGUUAAGUAUUGGUAUUUGGAGGGAGGACGUAAAUACAAAGACCCCAUCCCAUUGAUGGGUCGUAGUGCCAUAUUGGGAGAUUUACGCGAUAAUGAUUUUUGUGCUGUGGCUUGUGGUAAAGGUGUCACCGCCGAAAGUACAUAUGCCAUCACACGUCAGGGACAUUUAGUGGAGUUUAGUUCAAGGCGUUUGUUGGAUAAAUGGGUACAGUGUCGCACGACAAAUGCCAAUUGUAUAACUGUCAAUGGACAAUUCAUAUUGGUCGGUUGUGCUGAGGCUAUAAUACGCAUCUUUAAUGCCACCACCUUGGAAUAUGUAACCACAUUGCCGAGAACACAUUAUUUGGGUGUUGAUGUUGCUCAGGGUAUACAUAUCAAUCAUAUAAUGACGGUACCACUACAUGCUAAAUAUCCCGAUUGUAUUGCAAUGGCUUACGAUGAACAGAGGUCAAAGGUUACCUGUGUUUACAACGAUCAUUCUUUAUACAUCUGGGAUAUGCGAGAUAUAAAACGUGUGGGCAAAUCACAUUCCUUUCUCUAUCACUCCACUUGUAUAUGGGGUGUUGAAACUGUGCCAUACAAUAUGGAACGUGAAAUGUCACCCACUCUGCCCGAAGAUUCUUUUGUAACCUGCUCUUCCGAUGACACCAUACGUGUAUGGGGUCUGGAGGGUUGUGCCAACAAUGAAAUCUAUCGCAAAAAUAUCUAUUCAAAAGAAUUACUCAAAGUUAUCUAUAUCGAUGACGAAAUGAAUUUCAUUAAGGACUUGGAAAUUGUGAGCGAUAAAAGUGCUCCCAUACCCAAUUCCAGUUAUGAUGGACGCAAUGGUGUACGUUGCAUUAAAAUAAGUCCAGAAUUACAGCAUUUAGCUAGUGGUGAUCGUAGUGGUAAUAUACGCAUUUAUAAUUUAAACAAUUUAAAGCUGAUAACAACAAUAGAGGCUCACGAAUCGGAGGUUCUGUGUUUGGAAUAUUCAAAUGAGAAAAUCGAACGUAAACUGUUGGCCAGUGCCAGUCGUGAUCGUUUGAUUCAUGUAUUCGAUGUGGCACAGGAUUACAGACUGCUGCAAACGUUAGAUGAUCAUUCGUCUUCGAUUACGUCUAUUAAGUUUGUAGGAGCCGGUUUGAAUUUCCAAAUGAUAUCGUGUGGUGCUGACAAGUCGAUUAUGUUUAGAACGUUUCAGGGUAAUAUAUUCCUACGAGGUACUCAUACAUCUGGCAAAACUACUCUCUACGACAUGGAAGUUGACUCGAAUGCCAAACACAUACUCACUGCUUGUCAAGAUCGCAACAUACGUGUCUAUGGCACUCAGAAUUCUAAACAUACCAAAACCUUUAAGGGUUCCCAUUCCGAUGAGGGUAGUUUGAUUAAAUUGAGCCUGGAUCCCAGUGGUAUUUAUGUGGCCACAUCUUGUACGGACAAGACUUUGGCCGUGUACGAUUAUUAUUCCAAUGAAUGCAUGGCUCGCAUGUAUGGGCAUAGUGAAUUGGUGACAGGCCUUAAAUUUACCAACGAUUGUCGUCAUCUAAUAUCGGCUAGUGGUGAUGGUUGUGUUUUCGUGUGGCAAGUGCCACACGAUAUGAUUGUUACUAUGCAGGCUCGCUUGUCACAACAGAGAUUACGCUCUGGUCAUGCUCCUAUUCCCAGGCCAUUGUCGGCUGCUUUAGUAGCGCCCGAAGGCAUAAUAGUGGAGUCUCCAACACCCGAUAUUGAUGAUGCUCACAAAUUCUCUUUAUCGCCCAGUAUUUUGCAAGGUGAUGUGGUACCCCUAACACCUGGUUAUAAACUAUCAGAUGUAGGUCAAUUGCCACAAUGGGCCAAGCGAAAAGCUGGAGCUGCACCAGCAGCGGCAGUAGAUAAUGAACCCUCUGGCCUCAAUAUACCCUCCUCUGCUAAUUCAUCUUCUAUGACUAACUUAAGUUCUUCACCUAGCCAGGCUGGUUUGGCGCAAAGACCCCGCAAUCGUUGGGCUCAACGUGGACAAAUCGAUGCCGACACUCUCACCGACAUACGCUCCAACUCGGAGAGUCCUCUAGGGAGUGUUUCGACAACAGCCGGUAUAGGACCAGCCUUGCAUGGCAGCGGUUUGGGUAAUACGCAGACAUCGGACUAUAAUAGUGCUUCCUCCAAGGACAUCAUGUACAAUCAGACUUAUUUAAGUGAAGACUCAUCAAUAGAUUCAGGUAUGGAAACAAGGCGAGAAUUGAAAUUUAUAGGCAGUAAUAAUACUGGUACCGUACCCACCGUAACAGCCACGGUAGCGGGAGCAAAUCGUAGCUCUGCAACACUGGUGGCCGAUAAACGUAAGCCUGGCCUUCGUUUCGAUACCAUAUCCAAUAAUGAUCACGAUGGCGACAUAGAAGAUAUAUCGGAUGGUGAGAGGACUAGUUCGGAUCAUGGAAUGUUCUACAACAACAUAUCACCCAGUACACCCACAGAUUUCAAAGUAACCGCCAUGAAUGAAGAGGAACUAAGAAAAUCUGUCAGACGGCAGAAAUUCGAGAAAGCUGGCCUAACCUUAAGUGGUAAUGGUUCACAUACAGCUAGUACUGGUACGGGUACAGGCACAUCGGAUACAGAAGAUGAAGGCUCUACACCCAGUGCUGAUAAUGCCGAUCGUUCAUUGGCCUCAACGCUGGGUGGCAGUUCAGAAAGUAUACCACAAGCAACAAGUAGCUUUCUGCAAGCCGCUCUACCCGAUGGUCCUGGUAAUCUGCUAGAAAGAGGCAGUACUAGUCGACGCAGCAUAAGUGCCAAACAUAAUAAUGAAUCAGGCAAACCUGGUAGUUCCGCCCCGCCCACUAUAACUAAAUCUUAUACCAGCACUAAAAAAGAAGAGCUAUUGAAAGUCAUUAAUGAAGCUAAACAAAAAUUGGAAAAUGGUUCACGUAAAAAUGGUGUUAAAAAGUUAAAUGCCAUACCUGAGGUGGGCUAUCGUUCUUUGCGUGGUAGUCACAGUAUCUCAGAUUUAAGUUUGGCUGGAAAUUUAGAUGGUUCCCGUUCAGCUUUGUCAUCAGCAAAUCGUUAUGCUAAAACGGCUUUAAAUCCUAAAAUUGACAAUUCACAGUAUAUUAGUGCCACUAGUACAACGACAGAUAAGCCGACUUAUGCCGAUCGGACUCCGCCAAAUUAUUAUUCACCACCACAACAACCCUUACUACCAGCAUCGCAACCUCAACAGUAUUUCUUCAAUUGCGCUGCACCCAAGUCAGUGCUCCAACAAAAUUGUCAAGCAAUGCGUAAAGUUCAACAACAUUAUCCGCCCUAUCCUCAUCAUGUGGGUGUUCAUCAGAUACAUCCACCACCCGGUGUACCCUUUAUGGGUCCGACCAAUUCAAAUAAACCGUCUGCAAAUCAAAAAACUUUUACUAGCUCCACAUUACCGGCAAAUAGUCAGGCUGCUCGAGCCAAACGUAAUCCGAAUGGUAAUAAUAGACGUACACCUAGUAUCUUGAAACAUUAUAAAUCAUGUCCCGUUUCACCAGUUCACGAGGAGGUUGAAUGGUCCUCGGACAGUAAAAGUAUCAUUAUAACCGAACCCAAGCGUCAUUCGGUUUAUGCUGAUGAUGCUCGCACUAUACUCGAUAUGAUACAGGCAGAUACGGAGAAAAUGAUAGCUGAAAUUACUAAAAAAUAUGGUGAUUUAGAUGAUAUUGGAGUAGAUGUUUAUGAUCAUGCCUCCGGUACUAGACAUUCUCAAAUUGUGGCUUCGAAAUCGGUACCCGAGAAUUUAGCCACUCAACGUAGUAAUCUGCCUAUGGCUCAAAAAAGAGAUUUGGCUUUUACCCCUGAGGGUGCCACCAGCCCUCGAGGAGUUAAACAACCUUAUGUGCCACUGGCUCCCAAACAUUCAUUUUCAGAAUUCUACGUUUAUCAAGAAAUAUAUCAAUGUGAACGUAAGGUCUCUUUAUCCGAUAUUCUAAAUGACAAUCCAGAACAAAUGGCCGAAGCUAGACGUCUGGAAGAGGCCAGAUUCUUAGAGACUCAAAGACACUCAUCGGCCUCUUUCUUCCUAACAUCGAAUAAUCCUUUCAAUGUCGACCGAAGUCAAGAAUCUUUAUUAACUGAAGAGUUCCUAGAUGAUGCCAGCUAUUGUAAUAGCAUGGAAAGUAUUUUGUCAGAUGAGAGUGAUUGCAAGAGUGCUCCUUUGGUAGACAUGGUCGACAAACCCCAACCACCUAUACCACGGCAUGCAGGUUUAAGAAAUUUCAUUAUACAUGGCCCCACAUCGACAAUUGCUGCCGCUCAAAUGGUUUCAAAAUCAUAUGGCUCCAGUCCCAAUGCUUAUGGUAGCUUCGAUUACUACAUGCAACAGCGACAUCUACCAAGCGCCCCCUCCAACGUCUCACCCUAUGAAAGUUUUGAUGUUUCUAGUUACAAUAUAGAAAAGAUUAAGACAAAUGAGAAAAAGAAAUCUAUACCACCAAAACCUAUACCAACCUCAAAAACAUAUCCUAAGUUAUCAGAAUCCUCUGUAAAACAUCCUAUUACCAACUCCACUAAGGUUUCCGACGAUAUACCCACAUCAAAAUAUAAAAAUCAACAGUACAGUUCAGGUGUUAGUAAAAGUAUUAGUUCAGAUUUUGCUCAACAACGUUGGCAACGUAACUCGAAUCCUAUGCAAUCAGAGAAAGAAUGUUACAAUGAUAAAUUAUUCCAAAAGAAAGUGGUAAAGGAAAAACCUCCUAUACCCGCUAAACCAGAAAAUCUUAAAUCUACCUUGACUUCCACAGUGGAAGCAGUGCAGAAAUUACAGGUUAAGGAACCCCUAAAGAAGUCCUGCUCGUUUGAAGUAGAUACUUCAGAUAUACGUUGUCAUUCACGCACCGCUAGUGUGGUAAGGAAAUUUGAGAGAAAUUUACAAAAGUUUGAGAGAGAAAAACAAGCAGAACUACAGGUCCAAAAGAAGAAAAACAAUGAAGCUAGGCAAAUGAGACCUUCGGUAAGCUCAGGGGCUUUAGCCACACAAAGUUGUUUAAAAAAGGUAUCAAAAUUUGAUAACUCUCCCUCAAGAAGAGCCACCUCGAUGAGGCAAAAGGAAAGACCUAAAAUUUCCGUACGUUUCAAUACAGUAUCACAAAUAAAAUACACACCCAGCUCGAAAAGAAACAAUGCUAAUAACUCUUCUCUAACCACCACUUGUCCUCUAAACGAUAUCAAUUUAAAUGUAUCACCACCACUGGGUUCUAGCCUUCCCAAUGAUUAUGGUGAGAAAACUUUUGAAAUGUUUAUAACUGAAAAUGGUAAUGACGAACAUGACAACAUGACCAUGGAUAGUUUAAAACUUUAUACUAAGCCCGCUCUGCAAGCUGUGGUCGAUGAGAUCAAACAGGAAAGAGAAAGAGACUCGAAACACAAGAAAAACUUGGCUAACAAGGAAAUAACACAAAAUCCCAUACACGACACUUCCACUACUAACCAGUGUAAAAAUAUAGCCAAACAAAUCGAUGUUAUACAAAAACUUAUCGAAAUGGAAGAACGUAAAUUAGAACAGAUACGGCAGGCCACCGAAUCACGCAUGCGUCCUUUCGAAUGCGAUACCAAACAAAGAGGUUAUGUGAAAUCUCUUACCAUGAAUUUUGAUAUGCUAGCCAAAGGCAUUGAGAAGGAUAUAGAAAACGAACAGAGACGUAUUUUAGCCGAUAGCUCGGAUUCGGAUCUGUGUGCUUAUGCACGUCACAUCAAACGUAAUGUCAGUCUUCCCGAUGUCUUAGAAAGUACAGAAUCUUAUAAUUUCAAUAAGAAACUAAUGCAACACGUUCAAUUAGAUUGUGAUGGCCUUGAAGUCGAAAUAGCCAAAGAGGUAAAGGCCGAUUCGGAUACGGACAAUGAGGGUGAAAAAGAAGACGAAAGUGAGAAGGCUUCUUUGGAACAUGUUGAAAGAGUUGCAGGUAAUCCCAAAAAUAUACAUCCCAUGCCUGUUGAGGAAUCCUCCUCCAUACGAAGAGCCUGUUCUCUUAGUGACUUACAUAUGGGCAAUAUGGGUAAAAGUGCUAAAUCAGCUAGUUCUUCCCAAAAAACGGGAGCUGCUCAUCGCAACAGUUCAGCCACCCGAUCAGCCAGUAAACGUAAUAGUCUGCAAAAUAAAGGUUCUUCCAAUAACUUAAGUGCAAAUGCUUCAAUGGGUGUAUUAAAUCAAAGUGAUUCAGAAACUGAAGCCAAUAAUCGUGGCAGAUCUGGUUCAAAUGGCCAAAGUAGGACAAAUGGACCAACUGCUUCUAAUCGUCCUUACAAUAACACAAAAACCAAUGGUAAUAAUAACCGCCGGAAGGGGGCUAUACAAACUAGUUUUAACAAUGCACCUCCACAAGAUGACUCAAGCUCUGAAGAAACUCAGGGCAGUUCUUCCAACACAAAACCUAUUGUGCCACCACGUCCACGUAAUUUAGCAUUCGAUCAUAAGAAUAAAGUUGUUAACAGUCCCAAUGUGGUGAAACAACGAGGCGUUUAUGAAGCUGUCGAAUUCGCUGAUCUCGAUAGCAAUGGAGAUCCUAAAUCUCAAGUUCAUAAUGUUAUUAAUAAAUUAUAUACAACUACACAAACUGUAUUGCAAUUGCAUGCUAAUUUACGCAAUUGUGAGGAUUCUUUAAUGCUAAAAGAAUUGGAGAAUGCUGUGAUUAUGACACAAAAUAUGUUAACAAAUAUAACACAAAAUAAAAAUGAUAAAAACAAUCAACAUCCAAAUCAUACGUACUCGACAACCGAGCAAGCAAAUUUAGAAAAUGGCGAUUACAUGAUGAUGGUAAAUAAUUGUGCCGAUUUAUUAAGCAAUUUGCGUAUGAAGCACAAACCCGAUGACUGUGAGAAUAACUCCUAGUGUGUAAAUUAAAGAAAUUUUUGAAAACAAAAACUCCAAAACAAAAUUGUGAAAACAGUAAUAAAUAAAAUAAUUUAUAAAAUUUUCAACUUAAAACAAAUUAUACAAAAUUUAAGAAACAUUUUCUUUUUUGUGAAUUAUUUAAACUAUUGUAAAAUAUUUAACCAACAAUUAUACACACACCCACACACAUAAAUACAUACAAAAAUAAUUAAAUUUAUUAAAAAUUAAAUAUUAUUUAACAAAAGUAAAAACUAAAUAAAAGAAAACUAAAUUAAAUAAAUAAGUUUAAAUUAAGAGAACAUUUAAGAGUUUGCAAACGAAAAGAGAAAAUUGAAAUGUAAGAAAAUACUUGGCGCUGGUAUUGAGUUUUUUCUUUUCUAAAGGAAAAAUUUUCCGUAACAAAAACUAGGGAAUAAUUUUAAUAAUUCUUCUUAAGUUUAAAAUGGCAUUUGUUUAAUUUUUAAUACAAAAUAUUAAUAAUAAAGAAAAAAAAACUUUAACACAAUAA